UCUGUCGCCACUCGCCAGUUCCUCUCCGUCUCUGUGUAUGUGUGUGUGGGUUCUGCUUGUGGCAAAUUUCAAGUGGUAGGGUUUGUGUUAAUGGAGAAAGGAGAGGUAGAUACUGAGAAGGUGAUGAAUGGAAUUGCUUCAAUAGCUUUCCUGCCAUGUGGCUCCAUCUCAGGGCAUUUCAUCCAACUCCCUGAUUCGGUCUGCUAUGGCCUCCGUGGUACUGAUUUAAAAUGUGAUAGGGAAUGCAGCAGAGGUGAGGAUUACCGCUUGCUCAAGCUCAAUAUCAUUGAUUACUCUAGGAAGAGAGAACAAGUGGUUAUAGUGGAAUGCAGAGGGCAUGAUGCUGCUCGAUUCCAUAAUGUUGAUAAUGCCCAUGGUUGGGAGAAAGAUGUUGUAGGCAUGGUUGAAGAGAAGCAUGGUAAAACCAAGAUAACUGUUUCUUUUGAGUGUGAAACACUGAAAGCUGAUAAAGCAGCGCAAGACCAUAUCAGGCAGUUCAUGCCCAAUUUGGUUGGACAAGAUGCUGUAGUUAAUGUUGGACGGAUGAGCAUUGCAGGCUUUGACGUUGAAACGGAUGAUGAACAUGAAGAAACACAUAAUUGACAAUAAAGCUUGUGUUUGUACUUAUGCUUAAUACACAAUUUGGAGGUAGACUA